UUCAAGGAUGGACUGUGCACUGCUGCUGCUGUCCCUGUGGGCUCUGACUGGAACGGUGUCCCCGCAGGCUCCAGGGUCAUGUACGGAGAGACUUCUGGGAGAGGAGAGGAGCAGGACGUGUCCUCGGCCCUGCAAAGCUGACAAAGACUGUGGCAACAAGCGCCAGUGUCUGUGUGACGGCCAGUGUGGUCUCAGCUGUGUGGCUCCAGGUCGAACUUGUCCAUGGCCUCUGCCCCCCAGUGAAAACUCAGACGUGAGCCUCCUUUCUCCCACUCCCACUUUUUCUGCCCUGCUUGAAGUUCGCUGCAAGCUGGGAUUCACAUUGCCCAAUGGCUUGGAUGCCACUAUUCGCCGUUGUCAAGGUGACCGACAGUGGAGUGGGGAUGAGCCCAUCUGCACAGAGGCUCAGUCACCUGAAGAACCUGCUGCCGUCCAAACCUGCCCUCUGCCUGAGGAGAUCAUCAACACCUUCAGCAUCCAGGGCGAUGCAACAGCAGGAACUGCCAUCCGCUACAGCUGCCUGUCUGGGGCGGAUAUAGUGGGGAGCAGUGAGAAUUUCUGCCAGGAUAAUCAGACCUGGCAGUAUCCUCACCCCAUCUGUAAAAAAGCGUAUUGCCAGCCUCCUGGAGAGGUGGCGCAGGGAUACGUGGUGGCUGUCCAAAAGACUGAAUAUGAAGUUGGCUUUGACAUCCACUACCUUUGUAAAAAGAACUUCCUGCUGGAUGGACCCCAGAAGGUCACCUGCCUGUCUAAUGGCAACUGGAGUGCAUCGCCCCCAUAUUGCAGAGCCCGCUGUCUCAUCCCUGCCGAGCGAAGCCGUGUGGUGAUUGGUGGAGUGAAGCGCUGGCCGUUUGAUGUCACAGACGCCAUGGUUCCUCACGGGGAAAAUGUGACGUUCUACUGCAAACACCCUCGCAAGCAGUGCAGCUUCGCUGCAUCCCAGACCUGCUUUGAUGGAAAGCUGCAGCCACCAGCCUGCUACCUUGAGCCCACGUGGUUGCAGUAUAAACUCUUCCCUCACCGACUGGUCUCAGAGAUUGAAGCAUGUCAGCCUGAUGAUGUGGAGUGAUGACCUCCUCGACCCACCCAACACCCAUGACACUGUGUCACAAUAGGAACACCUCCUGACACACACCAUCGCCCAGAGCAGUCCCUCUCCACUCUGCAGCUUUGCUUAAACUAUCUAUGCUAUGAUUGUGAUUGUCUGUUUUACACGCUGAAAUAUUUUUUUCACAGCUCUUGUGGAUCCUGUGCUUGUGGCCUUUGUCCCUCUCUGUGGCAUACUUUCAAACUGUGGGCGUAAUUAUAAUCUGCAAAGCCCUCAAGUAUUACUUUGAUCUUCUUUCAGCUUGAGCCAAUGCAUACUGUAGAUGAAAUGCAUAUGAGGAUGUCCAUACGAUUAAUUGAUACAUGCUAUAUCAGUUAUGCAUGUGAAGAUACCUCCAUGUAGCCUAACUCAUAAUAGCUUGACUCUGUGAUAUCUCACUGUGUGAUCUGUCUCCCCUCCCUUAAC